CGCUGUCGUGACAGCAUCAACCUUGCCACACGCUCCCAACUUGGAGGUGGAUUAUGUCACCAUCGUGGGCCCAGCCCUCUGGAGUCUCUAGGGUCUUCUUUAUCUUUGUCGUCUUCGUCCGAAGGAAGAGUGCCAGGACACGCCGCUGUUGAUCUCGGGUCCGGUUCGCGAUCAGAAAAAAAUACAUAUCUAGGAAUCCACUUGUGCGCACGCCGCCAAGCUGUCAAACCCGCCCGCGUGUUUAGUUGAGUCGCCAGCGAGAGCCCUACCGGACCCCUGGAUCAUUGCGAAUCCGCCGAAAAGAUCUGAUAACCCGGUGAGGUUAUCGCCAGCUCCGUUUCGUGGAUCCUUCUGGAGUUGGAAAGAUUUCGGUGGCCGGUAUCCCAGGAAAUCCUGGCCGCAGGCUUUUUUCGGUUUUUGCCGUUUUGCUGGACGAAUAUUUUUUUUUCUCUCUCUCCUCCUCUGCCAAUUUGAACACUCCUGCGGGCCAUAAUAUUUUGAAUUUUCCGUGUUGCGAAUUUUUGCGCUCGCCAAGUUUUGCAAGAAAUAAAGAGGACUUUUGAUAAAAUACCACCAUUUUGGACGGGCGCCCUUUCAACAAGAAUUGCAUCGAUCUUUCGGAAAUCCCAUUCCGACAAAUCAGCUAUAGGAAAAGACUAAAGAUGGCACAGCCGGACUUUGCUUAUUACCGCACGUCGGCCGUUGUGCCAAGUGACCCUUGGCUCUCUACGCGCAGCCCGCUAUACAACGACGAUACAACAUCGUACCAGCAGCACUCCAACACCACCUCGUUCGACGUCACCAGCAGGGGUCCCUAUCGGCCGCAUAGCGUGGCCUUCUCGACAAGCGGAAAUGUCUCGACGUUUAACCUGCCAACGACCGCCGGGUCGAUGACGGCGCUAGGCAACGGCCUCGGCCUUGGAAGCAACCUAAAGAGCCAGUACAACCUUGGACGAGCCGGACCCGACCACGUCUACCACGCCGCCGCCGCGCCCACUCCCCAGCUCUAUAACCCCCGACCAGCCCCCGUCGACCCAUACACUAGCGCGCCAGGCCACGCCGCCGCCCACGGGCACCUUAACGGGCAGUACCGGAGCACCGGGCCCAACCUCAACCUCAACCUCAACCUCAACCACACACAGGGGGGAUGGGGUGAUCACCACCUCCCGGCGUCGUCGUCGCGGUUCGCCUCGUCGUCAUCGGCUGACUCGGUCGACGACAUCCUGGCUUCGCCCAGCCUCUCCGACUACUCGCUCGACAACCCCUCGCUGUCAACAGCACCCUCCAGCAAGCCGGGCGGCAACAAGAACCACCAUCAGAACCACCACAGCCACAAUCAUCAUCACAACAACCACAACGGUGGUAACGGUAACAACAACAACAACCGAGGCAGCCGCUCCCAGCGCCGCCCUUCCAAUCGGGACGAGUUUGACGGGCCACACCAAUUCCUUCAGCGUCCUCCGCCCGAAUACAUCGCCAUGCAAGAGCGCGAGCUCCCCCACCUGCCGACCAACCUCCUCGUGCAAGAACAGGACUCCGUCCUGACGCAAGUCAACGACCGGCUCUCCCAGUGCGCCUACGACUUUGUAGCCAAGUACCAGUUCCCCAUCCCUUUAACCCAAGAAAUGCGGCCCGUUGAGAGACCGCAGGACCGCGAAUGGACCGAGUGGGUGUACCUUUUGAAGAGACUGGCCACCAAGCGAAGAAUCCCCGCGCGGGUGCUGUAUAACGGGCAAAUCAAGCAGUUUGUGACGAUUUUGGAGAACAGUCUGGAGAUGAGGCACGCGGCUAAGCAUCAGAGUCGUCCGUUGAAGGACGAUCGGAAUAUCUUGCAGCUGAUCAGUGCGGGGAUUCAGGUCGCCAAGAUCCUCAAGGAUGCGCCGGCUAUGGACUUUUUGGAUAAGCUGUAUGUGAGGACGGAGCAGCAGAUCCAGGAACGGGCGGCGGCUGCGGCGGCGAGGUUCCGCUGAGGGCUUGGGGUGGGGCUGGGGUGAAGCGGGAGGUUGUGAAGGUUGAAUGAAGAUGAUUGGAUGCCCUUACUCUCGAGUGGGAGUGGGUGAUCCUUUACACCUACACCUUCACUUACAGUACCUCUCUGCGACUUCACCAGCUUGAUUUUGAAUCCUUGGUUUCUGCUUUUUAUGCGCGUUUGGUCUGGUUUGGUUAUAUCCCCCUACAGGACUCCCCUUGUGGAUCUGGAUCUCAAGUUUGCUUUUGUUAUUAAGGUUGCAUCAUUGGUCAGGAAGAUACACGGGAGAAGGAACAGCCGCGAGGCUAUAUAUAUAGAAGGUCUGGUCAUGUAGCAUCCACUCGGUCGGAGGCACUCUUAUUAUACCUGUUGGUUUUGUUUCUUUUCAUUUCUUGUUUUUUUUUUUUUUUUUUUUUUCCUCUCUUUUUUUGCUUGAUAUUUUGCUUUUGGUUUUUUAAGAAGAAGAACCCCAGACGGACAUAUCAUUGUCUCGACAAAUCUACAGGAGGUUAUAUCUACGCCAAGGACAAGUCAAGGAAACGCUUGUCGGCGAGCUUUUGUUGGAAUUCUGGUAUGGAAAGGGUUGGGACAGCACCAAGGACAAGCAUGCCUCUACUGGGCUGUCCAGGAUGGUCAAAGUUACCUAGGGAAAGGGGGGCAAAAAAAGUAAGGGAAAACAGCAAAAAGAGGAAAACGUCUUGGAUAAAUGAACAUGGGAUUGGAGACGGGAAAAGCGUGUGCUGGUUGGAUAUAAGCAAGGAAGGAAACGGAUAAAAGAACUGUCGAUAUGCCUCACUCAUCUCUCGGAUAUGGAUAUGGAUAUGGAACACCUUCAUUGGACAACUUGGACUUUGGAAAGAGACGGUGCUCGGGGUAUAAGGGGUGGUAUUGGCGUGAUCUUUGCCUUCCUGUAUCUUUGGGAUUCACCCUCUCGUGGUUGCUAGAAGUUUUCUUGAUGUACGCUGUGCAAUUAAGUGAGGUGUUGGGUGGGGUGGGUGUUAACGUGCCCAAGUGUCUUGGGAGGGUGGUGGUCUUUUGAUACUGUUAGUUAUUGGCUUUUAAAUGACUUGGCCUUACAGUUUGAUACCUUGAAAUCGCU